AACACUGCGUCUCAGAGUUCCCUGAUGCUGGAAGCCUGGAGGCACUCAGAAUUCUAGGGUGUUUUUAGAAUAUCAUUGUGGGGUGAAAGCAGGUUCCAGCCUCCCCAGGUGGAAGGUUCCAAGAAGCGCCCAGCCAGCUCUGAGAAGUACCCGGCCAGCUCCUCCACUUCGCCUGACAGGGAGGGGACUGUGAGGGUUGGGACAUGUCCUCUUUUAAGGCUCUCUCUUGCUGGCUUCUGACCACUUCCUCUUUUUCCUAGGGCGGAGGCGGCUGGCCGUGGCAGCGCUAAUAGCAGCUGGGGGCGGAGCAGGCCUCCGAAACCCUCUCAGAGUGGCUCAGCCCCUCCGCUGAGGGCAGGAGAGCAAGAGUCCACUUCAACUUCCAUCAGCUCUUCCCCAGAGGUCUCUGUGAGCCCCCAAAGGAGGGGCUGGGAGAGGUGGUCCCCUUAGCUACCCCUCCCUAGGCAGAACAGAAUCACUGACCCUGAGGCUUGGCCUGGGCUGCAUCUGCUUUCAGCAACUUCCAUGAAGGACGUGACUGUAGACCGAGGCCUUCUCCUUGCACAGCCAGGGCCCUCAGGAUGCCCAGGGAAGUGAGGCCCAGUGCCGGAAGCUCCAGCCUAGCACUGGGCACCUCCCCAGUGAGUGGCUGCUGGGGGCAGAGCUGCCAGCAGGGAGAGGACAGCUAUGAAAGACGUGGCUGCAGGCCUCGCACUGCCACCUGUCAACUCGGGGCUUUGGGCAGGCUGCUUUUCUCCUUUGGGCCUCGGUGUCCUCAUCUGUGUAGUGGAGACCAACCAUGGUACUUCGAAGCUUCUAGAACAUUCCCUGGAACACAGCAAGUGUUCAGUUAUUGUUCAUGGAGUGACAGAUGUCUCAGCCAAGAAGGUACAAUCACAGGGAAGAAUGACUUCAAUUGGUCUUGACUUCAACCUGCUUCCAGCCUGGUUCCCUUCUCCCACCUCCCUACAGCCCACAGAAGAACUUUUCCAAACCAGAAGUCUGUCCAGGUCAUUCUUCUGCUCUAAGGCUUUCAGUAUCUCCCCAUUAUCCCCAGGAGGAAGUCCAAAUGCCUUAGCAAGUGUCAAGGUCAAGGGACACUUGGUGAGCCCUGCUUUCCUUGCUAGUCACUCGUGCACAGCUGAGUCCUUCCCCAGAGUGGAUGUCACUCAUGCUGUUCCCAUUGCCUAGUUUCCUGCUCCUCUCCACCCCAUUCAACUGAUAAACUCUUUUUUUUUUUUUUUUUUUUGAGUCUGAGUCUCGAUCUAUCACCCACACUGGAAUGCAGUGACCCGAUCUCGGCUCACUGCAGCUUCUGCUUCCUGGGUUCAAGAGAUUCUUGUGCCUUAGCCUCCCAAGUACCUGGAGUUACAGGUGUCUGCCAACAUGCCCGGCUAAUUUUUGUAUUUUUAGUAGAGACGGGGUUUCACCACGUUGGCCAGGCUGUUCUUGAACUCCUGACCUCAAGUGAUCCCCCGCCUUGGCCUACCAAAGUGCUGGAAUUACAGGCGUGAACCACUGUGCCUGGCCUCAACUGAUAAACUCUUGUCCUUUUACUAGGCUCAGCUUAGGGACCGUCACCUCCAGGAAGCCUUCCCAACCUGCACUGAUCAUUUCUUCUUCUUCUCUUUGGGAUUAUCACUUGUAUUGUAAUCAAAUCUUGUUUUUUUCUUUAAAAAAUAUUAUUUGCAUUCAGUAAAAUUCACCCUUUUUGAUAUACAGUUCUGAGGUUUUUUUUUUUUUUAGUUCUAUGAGUUUUGACAAAUGUAUAAAGUUGUAAUCUCCAACACAAUCAAAAUAUAAAACAAUUUCCUCAUCCCUCCUCAAUUCCCUUAUGCUCUUUUGUAUCCAACACCUCUUCCCACUCCAACCCCUGGCAACCAUGGAUUUGCUUUCUGUCUGUACAACACUGCCUCUUCCAGAAUGUCAUAUAUAAAAUCAUGCUGUUUAUAACCUUUAA